AUGGCCGCACGCACGUUGAGGAUUGGUCUCAUUCCUGGUGACGGCAUUGGCCGCGAAGUCAUCCCCGCCGGCCGUCGCAUUCUCGAGGCUCUGCCCUCAUCUCUGGGCCUCAAGUUUUCCUUCUCGCACCACGAGGCGGGCUGGGAGACAUUCCAGAAGACGGGCGCUGCUCUGCCUGACAAGACGGUCGAGGCGCUCAAGUCCGACUGCGAUGGUGCCCUCUUUGGCGCCGUCAGCUCGCCCACGGUCCAGACCAAGGGCUACUCGAGCCCCAUUGUGGCGCUGAGGAAGAGGAUGCAGCUAUACGCAAACGUGCGCCCUGUCAAGAGUGUCCGGGGAGGUCUGCGUGACGUGGACCUGGUCAUUGUGCGCGAGAACACCGAGGACCUUUACGUCAAGGAGGAGAAGACGUAUACUGCCCCCGACGGCUCCAAAAUUGCCGAGGCUAUCAAGCGCAUCUCCGAGACGGCCUCGUUCAACAUUGCCGCCAUGGCCGGCGACAUUGCCCUGCGAAGGCAGCGCGUCCGUGAUGCUGGUGGCAAUUCCAUCCAUUCUCGCCCACUUGUCACAAUCACCCACAAGUCCAACGUCCUGUCUCAGACCGAUGGCCUUUUCCGCGAGACCUCGCGCCGCGCUCUGCAAGACGCAAAGUACCAAAUGGUUGGCGUCGAGGAGCAGAUUGUCGACUCCAUGGUCUACAAGCUAUUCCGCCAACCCCAGGACUACGACGUCAUUGUCGCCCCCAACCUCUACGGCGACAUUCUGUCCGACGGUGCUGCCGCCUUGGUCGGUUCCCUCGGUCUCGUUCCCUCUGCCAACGUUGGCAAGGACUUUGUCAUUGGUGAGCCCUGCCAUGGCUCUGCCCCCGACAUCGAGGGUCAGGGCAUUGCCAACCCUAUUGCUACUAUCCGAUCUACUGCCCUCAUGCUCGAGUUCAUCGGCGAGGAAGAAGCUGCCGCCAAGAUUUACUCUGCUGUCGACGCAAAUCUUGAGGAGGGUAAGCUUUUGAGCCCAGACAUGGGCGGUAAGGCGAAGACGGACGAGAUUAUCGAGGAUAUCUGCAAGAGGUUGUAG